AUUCGCAAUCGCCAUGAAGUUCUUAACAGUUCUGGCGGUGAUCGUUCUCUGCGCAGCUGCGGCCCAAGCUGGCUCGAGUCGUCCGCAGCUGGUGCGUCUGCAUCAGGUGACUCGGCAGGAGUACAAAGAGCUGCUCCGGCUCGCCCAGGGCAAGGAGGAGGUAUCGGAGGCCCGUUUGCUCAGCAGCUCGAUUGCCGGCAUCAAGGGAUUGGCGUCUGGCCUCGCCGCUGGCAACUUCAUUCCAGCUAUCUUCAGUUCCGGCUCCAGGGAUCAGCCCAAGAAGGGACGUCCGCUCUGCGUGAUCUCCACCAAUGACCUGGACCAGGAUCAGGAGCGGCGCUUGGGUCGUGUGGUGAGCAUUGAGUAUGAGCCCAAUACCGACUCCAGCUCCGGAUCGGGAUCGAGCAGUGGAAGUGGCAGUGGUAGUGGAAGUGGUCAUGGCGGACACGGUGGUGGUCACGGCAGUGGCCAUGGAAGCGGACACGGCAGUGGCCAUGGAAGCGGACACGGCAGUGGUCAUGGCAGUGGUAGUGGAAGUGGAAGUGGUAAUGGAAGUGGCAGCGAUGACGACGACGAUGAUGCGACCACUGUCAACUGCAUUCUUGUGGUCAAUGGCACCGACUUCACUACCACCACAACUACGCGAAAACCAGCUCACGGAAAUGGACAAGGGAACGGUCAUGGUAGCGGACAUGGUAGCGGAUAUGGUAGCGGAUAUGGUAGUGGAUAUGGCAGCGGACCCAGGCCAGGUGGGUAUUACCCACCACCUCCUCCGUUCUAUCCCCCCUACUACGGCUACCCACCGUACUAUCCACCCUACCCCUACCCACCACCAUCUCCAGGAUCCCAGAAGCCACCGCAAACCGGCGGAAACAGGCGAUCCGUGGACGACGAUGAGGAAGCGGGUCGUCUUAUCGAUGCCUACAACGGAUUCUACCAGCCUGAGGGAUUUAGUCCCAGGAGUGGAAAGUACUCGAAGGUCAGCCAGGAUACCUCGGCCUAUCAGCCAGCCAGCUAUCCCCAGCAGGAGUAUGCCAAUACCUAUCCCAAAGUGGUGCGCAACUACGGACUGACCCAUCCGUCUCCUGUCUACGUGCGAUCGCCACAAUUCGAACAGCAGCAGUAG